AUGCUCUUCGAGCUUCUUUCCCUCCUUGGUGGUGCUGCCAGUCGCCCGUAUGCUGUGCCUUUCAUUUUAAUUUGUUUCAUACUUUAUGCUAUCCGACUUUGGAGCAACGGACCCAGGAACCCUCGGAAUCGUAACAUGCACGGCCGUGUCGUCGUGAUCACCGGUGGCUUCUCGCCUCUGGGUUUGAGACUGAUAACCGAACUGGCCAAGCGUGGAGCACAAGUUAUUGGGCUUACACCUUCGCUGGACGACCCUGUGAUUGACGAGCUCAUCCAUGCGAUUCGGGCGAUGACGAAAAAUGAGCUUGUGUAUGCAGAGGAGUGUGACCUAGAUUCGCCGGCGUCUAUCCAUUCCUUCUGCAAGCAGCUAGUUCAGCUGAAACCGAGCCUUGACGGUGGUUCGCCGGCUGAGCCUCAGCGCGUAGACGCGCUUAUUUUUGCUCAUGAAUAUUCUUACAUUGCCCGAAGCGGAUCGUCGCCGCUGGCUGAUUCAGCUGUGUCAGCUGAAAAAGCGGACGAGAGGCGCCUUCGACCCUCUCUAGCUUCAUUCCUGCUAACAGCUUCUAUCCUGCCCAGCUUGCUGCGCGCCCCUAAGGACCGUGACAUACGUAUCAUACACGUCGUUAAUCCAUUUUACGCUGCUGCCGUGCCAUUUUUCAACCCGUCAUCCCCAUCGCCCGCUUUGGAGCUCUCCGUUUUUGCCAAAGAAGGUUAUCGCUCACUUCGUACUGUCAUCUACGGGCGGCAUCUGCAGCGCGUUCUAGAUGCAAUAGCCAGACCAAAAAAGGACUCGGCCCCGGCCGGUAAAGGUGGGCUUGUUGUUCCGCCAAAAAUACCAGGCGCAUCAAACAUCUUGUCCAUAACGGUAUCUCCUGGCUUUAUUGCCAGAGAAGCUGGUGACCCCCUUUUGUCCAGGUUUUGGAACUCACCCCUAUCCCCCUUAUGGUUAAUGCGAGUCAUCUUGUACUACGUGUUGGUCUAUCCAAUUGUAGUCAUCCUCACCAAAUCAACGUUUUUCGCAGUGGAAUCCAUUCUCUAUAUGGUGUUUCUCCCACAUCCACGCAAGAUGCUACCCGCUGUUGACGACGCCGUUGGGGCUCAUUCGAAUCGCGAAGGGGAUGCUGACCGUACGGUGGAAGGUGGGAAGCUGUACCGAGAUUAUACGGUUGUGCGGCUUCCCGGAGGGGCAGAAGAAUCCAUAAUGGACAAUGAAGGCAUCGGACGAGCUGUAUGGGAACACCUCGAGGCCGGGGUCCAGAGGUGGGAGACGGAGGAGGCGGAGAUCCUUGCUCAGGCCGUAAAGAAUGCAACCGCUGGCAGUUCAACUCUCGAUCCUAGGGUCAGAAAUGAUCCCGAUCACUGA